UGGCUGGUGUCAGGCGGCGGCACGGAGGGAGCGAGCGGGCGGGCGGAGGAUGCAGCAGCGGCGGCUGGAGGAGCGAGGAGCCAUGCAGCGCUGUGCGCCGGGGCCCCGGCCGCAGAGCAGGCGGAGCGGGGGCGCCCUCGCCACUCUCCUGCUGACAGUGUACACGAUUCUCUCUAAGGUGCACUCUGAUCGGAAUGUAUAUCCUUCUGCUGGAGUUCUUUUUGUUCAUGUUUUGGAGAGAGAAUACUUUAAGGGGGAGUUUCCUCCUUAUCCAAAGCCUGGUGAGAUAAGUAAUGAUCCUAUAACAUUUAACACCAACUUAAUGGGUUAUCCUGACAGACCUGGAUGGCUACGCUACAUUCAGAGGACACCAUACAGUGAUGGAGUGCUGUACGGAUCACCAACUAUAGAAAAUGUGGGCAAACCUACCAUCAUUGAGAUCACUGCUUAUAACAGGCGCACCUUUGAGACUGCAAGACAUAACUUGAUCAUUAAUAUAAUGUCAGCAGAAGAUUUUCCUUUACCAUAUCAAGCGGAGUUCUUCAUAAAGAACAUGAAUGUAGAAGAAAUGUUAGCAAGUGAGGUUCUUGGAGAUUUUCUUGGAGCAGUGAAAAAUGUGUGGCAACCAGAGCGUUUGAAUGCUAUAAACAUCACCUCAGCUCUAGACAGGGGAGGCAGAGUUCCACUUCCUAUUAAUGAUAUGAAAGAGGGUGUCUAUGUUAUGGUUGGUGCAGAUGUUCCAUUCUCCUCAUGCUUACGAGAAGUGGAAAAUCCACAAAAUCAGCUGAGAUGCAGCCAAGAAAUGGAACCUGUAAUAACUUGUGAUAAAAAAUUUCGUACUGAGUUCAAUAUUGACUGGUGUAAAAUCUCUUUGGUUGAUAAAACAAAACAAGUUUCCACCUAUCAGGAAGUGAUCCGAGGAGAGGGAAUAUUACCUGAUGGUGGAGAAUAUAAACCACCGUCUGAUACACUGAAAAGCAGAGACUAUUACUCGGAUUUCCUAAUUACACUGGCAGUGCCCUCGGCAGUAGCACUGGUGCUUUUUCUAAUACUUGCUUAUAUCAUGUGCUGCCGACGGGAAGGAGUGGAAAAGAGAAACAUGCAAACACCAGACAUCCAGUUGGUCCACCACAGUGCUAUACAGAAAUCCACCAAAGAGCUUCGUGAGAUGUCCAAAAAUAGAGAGAUAGCAUGGCCUCUUUCAACACUUCCUGUGUUUCACCCAGUUACUGGUGAGAUUGUACCACCUCUUCACACAGACAGCUAUGAUAAUACUAGCAUGCCACUAAUGCAAACACAGCAGAACCUGCCACAUCAGACUCAGAUUCCACAGCAGCAAACUGCAGGAGAAUUUCGUAUGACAACAUUUCAAAGAUUUGAGGUAAAUGGUAUCCCUGAAGAAAGAAAAUUGACAGAAGCAAUGAAUUUGUAAACAGAUAAUGCAGUAAUCAUGUCUUAUUUCCUUAUUUGUGCAAAUAAUGCAUGCGCUUUUCUGGUGUACAGUGUGCAUGCCCACAGUAUUAAGUACUUCAGUGCCAGAUUGUACAAUCAUUUCCAUUUAACUAGUGUAUCGUAUCUUUUUUGUACUUUGGACAUUUUUGACAAUUUGUAAAACACUGAUAACUUUUUAUAUUUGUUACAUUAAGGAAACGAUCUUUAAAAUAAACAUAUUAAUAAAUAUCAAA